AUAACAAAAUUCUUUACAAAAUUAUAAGAUAAUGAGAUUAAAAAUGACAAGUUCCUUCCACUUUUCCAAAUCCACCCAAACCCGAAACCAAUUUCAACUCGUUGCUCCUCGUCUUCAACCGCCUCCCCUCGCCGCGCUCUUCCUGUGCCUCCGCUCCCUCGCCGCCUCCGACUAAGCUCCGAGAGGUGCGUCAGAUCUUGGAGUUCGUGGACGCGAUCGGUGAGAAGGUUGUGCAUUAUUACAGGACGGCAAUGUGGCCUGGUGUGAUGCUUCCGAUCACGAGUUCACCUUGUUAGUUAGGAUUUCUCGGAAGUGAGACGAGGAGGAAUUGAAUGGAGAAUCGGAAGACUUCGGCGUAUUACGAGAACAGAGCGGUGCAGUUCGGGGUAGUGAGCACCGAGUGGCUCGCUCAGGCUCAGUCCGCCACAGUCCACCGUUCCCCUUCUCCUCCUCCGCCUCUUCCUCCUCCCCACAAUGACGCCGACAAACCCUUCUCCGUCAUCCAGGAGUUCGACAGCUGGCGCAAGCACCCCGAUUUGGCGGAGGCCGUCGCCGCCAUUCGCGCCUUGGCCGCCGUCAUCCGCUCCAGCAAGGCUACCACCAUGAUGCAGCUCGAAAUCCAACUCAAAAGCGCCUCCGAUUCCCUCAAAUGUUGGGAUACAACCUCGAUCUCCUUAACCGCCGCCUGCGAUCUCUUCAUGCGAUACGUCACCAGGACUUCCGCUCUCGAGUACGAAGACUUCAAUUCCGCCAAGUCUCGCUUGCUCGAACGCGCCGAUAAGUUCGGCGAAAUCUCCUUCAAGGCUCGCGAAAUCAUUGCAAUGCUGAGCCAGGAUUUUGUAUUCGACGGUUGCACAAUUCUUGUUCACGGUUUCUCCAGAGUCGUACUUCAGAUUCUCAAACUCGCCGCACAGAAUAACAAGCUCUUUAGAGUCUUGUGCACAGAGGGGAGACCGGAUAGAACGGGUUUGCGGUUGUCCAAUGAGCUGGCGAAGCUUGAUGUGCCUGUGAAGCUUGUUAUAGACUCUGCAGUGGCUUAUACUAUGGAUGAGGUUGACAUGGUCUUUGUUGGGGCAGAUGGCGUUGUUGAAAGUGGUGGUAUAAUUAACAUGAUGGGGACUUACCAAAUUGCAAUGGUGGCUAAGAGUAUGAACAAGCCAGUUUAUGUGGCUGCUGAAAGCUACAAGUUUGCUCGAUUUUACCCUCUGGAUCAAAAAGAUUUGGCCCCUGCCUUACGCCCUGUUGAUUUUGGUGUGCCUGUUCCAUCCAAGGUUGAGGUUGAAUGUUCUGCGCGGGAUUAUACUCCUCCUCAGUAUCUCACUCUACUUUUCACUGAUUUAGGUGUUCUUACUCCAUCAGUUGUUAGUGAUGAACUCAUCCAGCUAUACCUGUAGCUAUUCCUGUAUAAUUAUCUCUCGAUUCUUUUAAAUUGUUGGCCUCACUUUAAUAUUGUGUUUCAUGAAAUAAUUUUGUAACAAGACAUGGAUUAGCAUGUUCAGUGUAACCAAGGAUCUGUGAUUCACUUCAGACACCUAAUAAAUUAGUCUAAAUAGUUUA